UUGAGUGGGAGGUAGCUAAAAAUGCUCUCUCAAAACACUACUUCACAGUGCCUGGAAGCAAGAACAACCCAAAUCCCCCCAGAACCACUUGAUAUCCCAUCCACACAUACACAGGAUAAUACCUCCCCUCUAAACUACAAAGAAAAGCUACUUGCAAAUGCUGAACAAAUCAAUUUGGAUAUUGAUCCAAUGGACGACGUUCAACUACAAGUCUCAUCUGUUGAAACCGUUACCCAGUCACAAGAGAAGUCAGCUCCACAGGUUAGUGGAAUUAAGACGAUUACACUCUUAGACCAUGAAAGAGAAGGACUUCAUCAUCCAUGGAAAUUCUCCUUAAUUAUUAAACUAUUUGGCAAAAGAAUAGUCCACCAUUACUUAAAAGCAAAAAUCCAAGACCUAUGGAAACCUACAGAACAAUUUCCUCUAAUAGAUCUGGGCUGUGAUUAUUAUAUUGUUAAAUUUACACAAGAAGAAAACAUGCGGAAGGUACUUCAAAAUGGCCCAUGGUUUAUUAAUGGCCAUUUUCUAUCGAUAAAGCGCUGGGAACCAAAUUUUGUGGCUGCACAUGCCAAGCAAACUGUCUCUGUAGUUUGGAUACAUUUGCCACAACUCCCAACUGAGUUUUACGAUGAAUCCUUGCUAAAGAAAAUUGGAAAUUCUAUUGGAUCACUGCUGAAAAUCGACGCUUGCACAAGCGCCACUCUUAGAGGACGCUAUGCUAGACUGUGUAUCCAGGUUCCACUAGAGGAACCAGUUACUACUCGAAUCCUCAUCGGAUACCAUUUGCAACAGAUAAUAUAUGAAGGGGAGGGUUUUCUAUGCAAGUUAUGUGGUAGGUUGGGACAUACAAGUUCAGGAUGCUCUUAUCAGGAAGCCAAAGACCUUGAUCAAAGUAAAUCAAUAAAAGAUGGGACAACUACCCAGUGUCUUACAAAUCAUCUGCAAACAGAAGAAUGGCAAACGGUGCUUUUCAAUAGAAGAAGACGACACAACAACAGGACAAAGACAACAAUGGAAGCCAUGACUGCUGCCCGUCAAGAUUCCCAAGGUCCAGGUCUCUCUUGAAGAGGUUGGGGAAUCCAGUCAUCAGGCAUAGCUUCAGGGAGGGGAACAAAGUAGCGCACAUUUUGGCAAGUGAUGGAGCAAGGAAGCAGUCAAGUGAUAAUAUAUAUAU